AAAAAAAAAAUGUUUUUUCCAUUCAUAAGUGGCUUCCUCGUAAUUUCACAAAUUGCUUUGACUAUUAAUGUUCACAGAAGUAUUAAGACUUGUCAUAUCCAAAUGAUGUUGCUGGGUUUAUCAUCGAAUGAUUCGAAUGUACUUCAGAAUGUCACCACUUAUGCGCAAGCUGCAAAGGCUUGAACUGCUUUGCUGCAUGAGCAUGGGACGCAGGAACGGAUUUCAGAACAUGGUCCGCUGCUCGCAAUAAUCCUUUCUCCAAAAAUCAGAGGAAAAAUCACAAGGACGUCAAAUGGAACCUGUAGUCCGGACGAAAGUCCCGGCCCAGUACUCCAAGCAAGUGAGGCACCACCCAGAGCGGCCGCAACGGCCACGACCAGACUCCCGCCGGCGGUUCCGUCCUCUCACGGGACUCUCAGAACUCGACGGGGAUGAUCGCGCCACUGUUGUCGAUGACCUGCAGGUUGUACAGCGAUAUGAGGAUGGCACAGUUCGUCAUAUGCUUCGUGUAGAUCUCAAUGCGGCUUCUUAUGGGGCAGAAGAAGACGUCCGUCCCGAGCUCCGGGAAAUGCGCUCCGGCCACCGCGACGGAGUUCUCGUGGCCCAGGAACACCGCAUGGCCGCCAAGGUUCAGCCUUUCGUUUGCCGCAAGCACCGCGCCGUCAGCGCCGGAGAAAUCGACCUCCAGAAUCUGCUGGCUUCUUCGGGUUGUUAGUUCUAAUACGUCAUCUAAUCACAUAAUAGCUAAUCUUAGAUCCUGAACAUCUAACUUUAGAGCAGACACGUGAAUCACUAACCCAAUUAAAGAGAUACCUCUUAGGCUGCUGACGAUCCAUGCUUGCGUGAUGCAGGCGCGUUCAUGUAAAUUGUUGAUGUAGUCAUGAUAUCGGUGUAGACUUAUGGAUUCAGAGCUCCUCUUAGCACUGGCGUCGUAGGGUCCUAUAAUGAAGGCUGUCAAUCUUCAAGCCACUCUCAUGCAUAUCCUUGAUCGGUAGGAUAUGGU